AGAGCAGGGUGCCCGCCCCUGGGCUCCCCUGAAACUGCCUGAGGAAGAGCCACUCGGCCGACACCUUCCAUCCGGCCUGUGGCCAGGCCAUGCUCCGGGAAUGGGAGGACGGCGGCCCGAAGGCGGGGCAGCAGAGGGCUAAAGACCUCCGGGCCCCAGAGCGGAAGGCCCUGAAGAAUGGGGUGCUGAGCACGGGCGAGUCUGUCAAGGACCAGGACCCCCUAUUCUGCCGUGGGGACCGAGACUCCGCUGCCCCCGUGGGGACAUGGACCAAAUUCCACACGUCAGACCCCAGCAUCGCCCCCGGGAAGUACUCCCCGCUAGAGAAAGAGAUCCUGCGUCUAGGUGGCGUGCACACCGUGGCCUCCAGAAGGUUCCUGACGCACAAGCAGGAGGAGGAGCGGAAGAUGCUGCGCGAGCUGCAGCUGCGCUCCUCGGACUACAAGCAGGUGCUGGAGUACAGGAAGCAGUUCUCCCCGGCCUGCGCCGCCUGCGGGCUCCUCGAGAAGAUCUGGACGGCCAAGGUGACCGUGUCCCCGGAGGAGCUCCGGGUGCCGCCGCGCGAGAGGCUGGACAUCUGCCGGCACGUGGAGCGCAUGCAGUUCGCGCGGGCGCUGCGCCACCACAGGCCGCUGCCCGCCAUCGAGAGGGCUAGGCCCCCCGGCGGCCCGCCCGGAGACGGCCCCCCCGCGGCCACGGGCGAGGGCGGGGUGGACGGCGAGGCCCACGGGGACGCCGCGCCGGGGGAAAGCGAGGACAAAGCCACACAAAGACAAGAGAUCAAGAUGAAAGUCACGUUCAAGUCCAAAGAGCCCCCCAAGCCGCUCACCCACCAGCCCAGCCACCUGAAGCCGUUCUUCCCCCCGAAGAGAGCGGAGCGGUCCAUCGCCGGCUUCACCAACCGCAGCCUCUUCCGCUUGGCGGACUUCCCGGGGGACCUCAUGCUCAUGAACCAGGACUUCUUCUCGCGGGGCAUCCGCCCCAGCGACCUGGCCGAUGCCAGCCCCCGCCCGGACCACGCGGGCGUCUGGAGAGAGCCCCCGGGCAAGCCGGCCUCUCACCAGCAUUAAAGUUUUAUUUAUCCCUCGGGG